CAAGAUCUUAAAAUCUUCAUCCCGUGUUCUUAUUUAACUUUAUUUAUGACCACGGCACAUCAAGCGCCCAGGUGAAGUCUAUCCAGGCGGUCAUCUGCGUAUAUAUCACUCAGCCUGUGCCACCACAUUCUGCCUCACUUUUUAUCUUCUUUGCUUUUUGUUUUGCUAUGAUGUUGUCGGCUUCACCGUCACCAGCCCCCCCCCCUUGCAAGGUCAUAUUUGGCGGGCCGACCUUAUAGUAGCCGGCCUAUACUGGCAGGUGCGAUGAGGUGCAGGGUGAAGAGGCAGCUGCCCGGCCGUUCUUUCCUAAAUAUUCUAGGAUGUGGCUCCUUCUAGUGGAUCGCCGGAGGCUCAUAGGCGUCAAUAUUCUAGAUCUCAUGGACCACAUAAGUAUAUACACCUGCCACAGUAUCCUUUAUCAUAUUUAUCAUUCCUUUCUUUGAAUGCUAUAUUCCUAUACUGCGUACCGUGGACCUACACAUCUCAUACCUCUGGCCAUAGCCGCCAUCUUUAAAUCCCUCUUACUUGCAUUGACUACAGACUAACCAGUCGCACGCUCCUAUCAUUAUGCGGAUUAACAUUCAAUCUCUGCUUUUGCUCGCAUCGUUUGCUUCUUCUGCUGUUGGAUGCAAUGGCGACGCCCGACUCUGCGGCCGCAAAUACUCAAAUGUCACUCAGAUCGGUGCCCAUAACAGUGCCUUCGUAGGGGAGCUGCCGACCCAAAAUCAAGGGCUCGAAGUCGAGGGGCAAUUGGAUAUGGGGAUCCGUUUCCUACAAGCUCAGACACAUAAUCUCUUUGGACUGGGUGAAAUGUACAUGUGCCAUACGUCGUGCUUUCUCCUCAACACCGGCCCACUUGUGAAAUAUCUGGAGCGCAUCAAUAAGUGGAUGGUGGCUCAUCCAAAUGAAGUUGUUACCCUUCUCCUCACGAACCAGGAUAAUGCGGAUGUGUCCAUUUUCGGCAAGGCAAUGGUCAACAGCGGGCUCGCAAAGUUGGCAUAUACGCCGCCGAAGAAACUCGCUUUGAACGAGUGGCCAACUCUACAGGAGAUGAUUAAUUCGAACAAGAGGCUCGUAAUGUUCCUUGAUUACCACGCAGAUACCGCCAAGGUCCCGUACAUCCUUGACGAAUUCGCAUACUGCUUCGAGACGCCCUUCUCCCAGACAGAUUCAACCUUUCCACAAUGCUCUGUCGAUAGGCCGCCCAAUGCAUCAGCAGCUGGUCGCUUCUCCAUCAUCAACCACGUACUCGACUUUGCUCUCACCCCCGGCAAGGAUGGCGUCUUAAUUCCAGAUAUCCUGCAGGCAGAGAAGACGAAUAGUGUGGCAUCGAUCAUGGCGCAAGUAGGGCUCUGCCAAAAGGCACAUGGCGCCACUCCUAACUUCAUUUUGGUGGACUAUGCUGAGAGAGGCGAGGUGAUCAAAGCACAGAAUAUGAUGAAUCAUUUGUGAAUAAAUCACCAGCAUUGAAGGACCGCUCUGCACCCUCUUUUCAUUCCUAGUCGUCCCCUUUAAAUUACACCUCUUGUCACCCAUGUUCACAUUUUAUAGUUUGGGUAUGAAUACCUAUACGAGUUAUGAAAUUUGAUUUAUAAUCACC